AGGGAUUAGAUAAACAAACUUUCUUGUUUGUUUCCUUUCUUCCUUCCGUCUUUGCAGAAUGUCGACUGAAUGGUAUAACCGCUUCUACGCUUCCAAACUGUCGCCAUCGGAACUGGAACGAGUUCGUCAAGAUGAAAUUUAUCGCAACCUAAGUUGUUACGAUGCUCCCCCCCUUCCUCCAAUACCACUGUUAUCCGGCGGUUGUCCUGUCAGACCCGCUGACAUAACCGACCGUUGUCGUCCUCUUCUCAUAAAUCUCUCCAGGUUGGCCUUGGACCAUUACAAUCAGGGUUCUUCUGGUGCAAGUUUUGAGUUUAAUGACCUUAUCAAGUUUACCUAUACUUAUGAUGUUGGUUCUUAUGGUGGUGGUGGUGGUGUUUUUCGUAUUGAUCCUAUGGAGUAUUACAUUACCUUUAAAGCAAAACAAAAAGGAGUUCCUUCUGAUGCUAUAACAAUUUUCCAGGCCAAAGUAUUGGUAGAUCAAGUUGAUAAAGAUAAACUGCCUGUUGUCGCAGAGUGUCGCAUUAAAAUCUAAUACACUCCACCUGUUGGUUUUCUUGUAACUCAAGCUAUCUGUUUUUGCCCUUUUAUUCAUUAGUGUUUACUUGCUUAUUAGUGCUUACAAGUAGGAGUUUUACUUAGUUUGUUAUACAGCUGUCAUGAUUAGUUAGUUAGUUAGAGAGGUUAUAGGUUAGUUGGUUAACUUGUUACAUAAGUUACCUCUCUUAUAAAUUGUAUUCUUCACCUAUAAAAGGUGCUUCAUUAAUAAAAAUAUUGAUUUUCCGUUAUUAUUUCUAA